UACCGGCUCGUGCUUCGGCCAAACGACACCGUCAGGGUGGAAGUCGACGGAGAAGAGCUCUUUGAUGGCUCCAUUGAGGAGAACUGGAAGCUCGGCGAACCUGCUGAAAUCGAUGACCCUGAGGACACCAAGCCUGAGGACUGGGUGGACUCUCCGAUGAUGGAUGAUCCCGAGGAUAAGAAGCCUGAAGAUUGGGUGGACGAGGCGAAGAUUCCCGACGAGAAGGCGACCAAACCUGAUGACUGGGAUGAGGAAGAGGAUGGUGAGUGGGAGCGGCCUAUGAUCGACAACCCCGAUUAUAAGGGACCAUGGAACGGCAAGAAAAUCCCAAAUCCUGAUUAUAAGGGAGAAUGGAAGCCGAAGAAGAUCCCUAAUCCGAACUACGUUCCUAUCGAAAAGAUGCAUAAGUUUGAUUUCGGAACGGUCGCUCUCGACGUUUGGCAAGUGACAUCUGGCGCAAUUUUCGAUAAUUUCAUAAUAACCGACGACCUUAAAGAGGCAGAGGCUCUUUUUGAAGAGUUCAGUGAGUUGAAAGCUGCCGAAGAGUCCAAGGCCAAGGAGGAAGCUGAGAAGAAGAAUGUUGAGGAGGAGAAGGAAGAGUCAACCGAGGAGGAGGAAGAUCUUGAUGAGGAGGAGUCUAGUGAGCAGAAGGAGACCAGUGAUGAUGACUUGUGAAAGCACGAUCAUGAAUCACAACCAUGUUGGUGAUUUUUUUUCACACUAGGAUCACGCAUUAACGACUAAGGGCGGAAAUACUCAUCGCGAAUACCAAUCUUCAUGAU